UCCCAUAGGCUGAAGUGUAGUUUUGCUUACUCCGUUUAACUUCGUUAAACAUGAUUACCGGUAAUACUCAACCAUUCUGCUUGAUCCCAACCGAUCGUGAUUUGUGAAGAGAACUAUAGAUCAACGAAUCGUUCAAUAUGCAGACCCAAUAUUUUUGUAUAACUCAAAAAUAGAUUUUUUAGUAAAUGGUGGAAUUAGUGAAGUACCGUGGGAAACGUCACUUUGCUGUAACUAAAUAUGAGUAAAUAGCCUUUCCUGGGAAAGACGCAAACGACGAAAGCAUCUUCGUUCCCUAAUCCUGACUGCUGGUCCAGGCGAAGAAGCACCAUCCUGGGCGCCAAAAACCACGCUCUCCUCCAGUCUUGGCGGCACGAAUGCGAGCCUGGAGACAGCGGGAUGGCACCGGGCUGCUUCCUGCCGAUACGUCGAGGGCCGGCCGAUUGCCCCAUGGUCCCUAGGAAAGGGCAGGCAAAAAGAGCGACGGGCCGCGUCGUGCCUGUACAUUGGCCACCACCGCACCAGCCGCAGCAAGCAGGGCCAGGCGCCGCUUGCUGGCCGCCAGCCGGGGGGAGGGGUCCGGCUGAGUGCGGUCGCGGCAAAGCCCUGAGUUUCUUCUGCAGUAAGAGAGCAGCGGCAGCAGGCGCGGCCGGGGGCGGAAGUCCUUUGUUGCUGCUGCAGAGGCGGCGGCGGCCGCGCCGGCAAAACAGCCGAGGCCCUUCUCUGCUGCAGCGGCCCUCCAAGACCUCCCCAGCCCUUUGGCCGCAGACGCCUCAGAUAAAAUAUCACAGCUCUUCCCCAUCCAUGAUUGAAAGGAUGUUGACAGACUGGAAGAAGUGCAGAAGAGGCCUACAAGGAUGAUAGCAAAGUUUAGAGAGCAGAUCAGAUGAGACAGAGCUGCAGGAACAGGGUUGUGAUUCAAGCACAAGAUGGCAAAGACUAGCCACAGCAAUUAUGUCCUUCAACAACUGAACAACCAAAGAGAAUGGGGAUUUCUCUGUGAUUGCUGCAUUGCAAUUGAUGAUAUCUACUUCCAGGCACAUAAAGCUGUCUUGGCUGCUUGCAGUUCUUAUUUUAGGAUGUUUUUCAUGAGCCAGCAACAAAGCACAGCACAGUUGAACCUCAGCAACAUGAAGAUUACAGCUGAGUGCUUUGAUCUCAUUUUACAGUUUAUGUAUUUAGGGAAAAUCAUGACAGCCCCAGCUAACUUUGAGCAAUUUAAAGCAGCCAUGAACUCCCUACAGCUCUACAACAUGCCAGAAUGUCUGGAAGAUAUACAAGAUACAAACUCCUCUGGUUUACAGUGCUCUUCUUCUGCUUCCAGCACUCAAAAUAGCAAAAUGAUUUUUGGUGUUCGAAUGUAUGAAGAUACACUGGCUAAAAACAAGAGUGACGCAAACAAGUGGAGUGCAGAGCCACCAAGUUCUACUGUGAGUACUUCCCAAAGCAGAGAGGUUGAUGAUGAAGCUUUGCAAGUAAACAAUUUCUCUGAUCAACCUUUGGAGAGUUGCAAAAGGACCGGUGCAUCAAAACUCUCAGGUGCCAAAGAUAGAGUGCCCAAUUCACGGCGCUUUGGAAGAAGCUUUACCUGUGAUGGCUGUGGCUUCAGUUUCAGCUGUGAGAGGCUGUUAGAUGAGCAUAUCAUGUCAUGCACUAAUAGGCAUUCUUAUCAAAACCCCAGGUAUUUGGGGUCUGAGAAUGACAGCAGUGAAAGGGACUCUACUUCUAAAAUGUCAGUUUCCCAAUUGGAGAAAUGUCAAGCAAGUGCAAACCAAUCUGCUGAGAGUUCUUCCCCCACAGCAUCAAAUAUAACACGUGGAAAAAGCAGGGGUGCCUCAACAGAGCCAUUAAAUGAAGAGCGAAGCAGAGCCACAGAAAGGAAAAGGAUUAUCGUCAAAAUGGAACCAGAUGAUAACCCUACAGAUGACCUGAAGGAGUUUAAUAUUGUUAAGGUAACAAAUGGCAAUGAUUCCACUGAUAAUGAAGAGCUAGAUGAUGAUGAACAUGUUUAUAGAUACUACAUUGAGGAAGAUGUCAGUGAAAAUAGAAGUGUUAGAAAGGCCCUUUUAAAACCCCACAUGCUUAUCGAUGAGCAAGCUAGGAAAUAUAUUAAAAGUACCAGAGUCCUUGCAAAUAAAGUCAGUGGAAAUAAAGCCAAGGAGGUGACGGAAAAUGCAUCUUGUGAACUGUGUGGUCUGACAAUCACAGAAGAAGAUUUGUCUUCUCAUUACUUAUCCAAACACAUAGAAAAUAUAUGUGCCUGUGGGAAAUGUGGCCAAAUAUUAGUAAAAGGACGGCAGUUACAGGAUCAUGCACAGACUUGUGGAGAGCCACAAGACUUAACCACCAAUGGUUUGAGGAACAUGGAGGAGAAAGUUGAUUUGGAAGAGAGUCCUGAAGAACAGUCUGAAAACCAAGAAAUGAUGUACGUAGACAUGUUAGAUGAGUUUGGAGACAGCCAUUUUCAGAUGAACACACUCCCAAAAAAACAACUGUAUAGGGAUUCAGCAUGCCCUUUCAGAUGUCCUAACUGUGGGUUACGUUUUGAAACAGAGAAUUUGGUAGUUGAACAUAUGUCCAGUUGUUUGGAACAAGAUCUGUUUAAGAACGCAAUUAUGGAAGAGAAUGAAAGGGAUCACCGACGCAAGCAUUUCUGUAAUCUUUGUGGGAAAGGAUUUUAUCAGCGUUGUCAUUUGCGAGAACAUUAUACUGUGCACACCAAGGAAAAACAAUUUGUUUGUCAGACAUGUGGGAAGCAGUUUUUACGAGAGCGUCAGCUGCGCCUUCACAAUGACAUGCACAAAGGCAUGGCCAGGUAUAUCUGCUCCAUUUGUGACCAAGGGAACUUCCGAAAACAUGAUCAUGUCCGGCAUAUGAUAUCCCAUCUGUCACCCGGAGAGACAAUUUGUCAAGUCUGUUUCCAGAUUUUUCCAGAUAAUGAACAACUUGAACAACACAUGGAUGUUCAUCUGUACACAUGUGGGGUUUGUGGAGCCAAAUUUAAUCUGAGAAAAGAUAUGCGAUCUCAUUAUAAUGCUAAGCAUUUGAAACGAACAUGACCACGUAAUACUUGUUUGACAAAACCUAGAACAAAAGCAAAUGGAACACCAAAGCCAAACUAACAGUAGUGCAUUAAAAAAUUGAUCAGCCAUUUUUAAAAUGUCUGUUUUUAUCUUCCUUAUAGGGUCUUAAACU